UGAAAUGAUUGAUGAGUAUAAAAAAGGCAUAACACCAAAUCCAGAUGUUUUAUGCAAUAAAAGAAUUAAAUUUGGUAUUUUUUGGAAGUAUAUGAUUAAUCAACUUAAAGUGGAUGCUAUUGCAACAGGUCAUUAUGCACAGACUAGUUUUGGAGAAGAUCUUGAAAAUUAUGAUCCUCAUAAAGGUGCAAGAUUAUUACGGGCGGUCGAUGACUUUCGAGAUCAAACAUUAUUUUUAUCACAGAUACCUCAAGAAGCACUUCAGAAGUCUCUCUUUCCAGUUGGUGGAUUAAUGAGGAAAGAUGUUCAAAAAAUUGCUUCUGAAAUUUCACUAACGAAGAUACUAAAAAAGAAAAAGAGCACCGGCAUCUGUUUCAUUGGAAAAAGAAAUUUCCAGAAAUUUAUUAAUGAUUACAUAGAACCAUCAGUUGGAAACUUUAUUGAUAUUGAAACAGGUUCCAUUGUUGGACAGCAUACAGGUAUUCAUCAAUGGACAUUAGGCCAAAGAUGUUUGUUGCCUGGUUGUAAAGUUGCAUAUUUUGUUGCAGAAAAGAAUCCAUUAUCACAAGAUAUUUUAGUGGCACCUGGUGGUGAUCAUCCUAGCUUAUAUUGUGAUACUAUUAUUGUUGAGAAUCCAUAUUGGAUUAACAGAGUACCAGAAGAUUUACUAAGAACUAAGAAAUUAAAAUGUAAAAUAAGAACUCAACAAGGAUACAGAUAUCCUCUUGAGAAAUGUCAAGUGGAUGUAAUUGAAGAUGAUAAAUUAUUCAUUAAAUUUGAAAAUCCCCAGAGAGCUCUUACACCUGGACAGUAUGCUGUAUUAUAUCUAGACGAAGAAUGCUUGGGAAGUGGAAGAAUUACUCAACCAGGUCCAUCCCUAUACGAUUUACAAACGAAUAAAAAUACUGAACUUAGUUUCAUUAGUACAAAAUAAUUUUAUUUAAAUAAAAUUAAAAAA